AUGUUUAUUCUCACAACUAUUUCCGACCUAGUCCAAAUUUCCCCUGAAGAUUUUUCAAAGCUGAGCGCCGUUGCGAUUGAGGAUAAUAUCAACGAAAAGUAUGCAAACAAGGUCGUCCAAAACGUCGGCCUAUGCAUUGGAUUUUACGACUUGCUCGAGGCAUCUGAUGGCUUAAUUGGUCAUGGCACUGGCCUGGUCAAUGUUAAUGUUAAAUUUCGAUUAAUUGUCUUUCGUCCCUUCAAGGGCGAGAUUAUCCUGGGCAAGAUCACCAGCGGUACUGAGAAUGGCAUCAGAAUCAGCGUUGAAUUUUUCAAUGACAUUUUCAUCCCUCCCAGUCUCUUGCUAGACGGUGCUAGAUUCGACUUCACCGAUCAAGUUUGGAUCUGGGAUAACGGAGAAGGCGCUGUUUUUUACUUUGACAUAGGUGAGACGGUGCGUUUUCGAGUCGAGGCGGAGGAGUGGCAUGAUCUGGUCCCUGACGGCCCUGAUGCUCAGCAAGGGGAGUCUGUGGUGGAGAAGAAACCACCUUAUUCAAUUAUUGGAUCCAUGCAAAUUGCGGGUCUUGGGCUUGUUUCUUGGUGGUCCUAA